AUAACAUUUAUCAAUUGAAGGUUCUCAUCAAAUAGUCUUAGAUCAGUGAUUACUGUAUAUCCAAUCUCGCCUCAUACCGCAGCCAUUUUAUCUUUUGUGCACCACCAAUGAAAAAGUACCAACUUAUUGGUCGAAGGAAGGCCCUACUGAGUCAACUGUCCAAGGAGAUUAGGUACCCUGCAGCACAUUUGCACCUGUUGCCAUUUGAAAUCCUUCUUGAAGUAUUGCAGCAUCUAACAGAUGAUAUCAAUAACUUACUUCUGAUGGCCCUAGUGUGUCACAAAUUCAAUUCAAUAAUAAACAAAGCGUUCUUGUACAAUACAGUUACACUCAAUGGAUCACGUAAAUUCUCCAAGUUUGCUAUUUCCCAUAUCCCAACGGUAAGAUCAUUGGCCAAGAAGUUCUCACUGCAAGUUGAAGCUAGUUCUAAAGUGAACUUGAUCCAGACUUUGAUAUUGAUAAAUCCCCCCACCAAGGAAACACAACAAUCAAAAACUAAAAUUGCUGGCACAUAUGACAUUGAAAGUAUGUCACGUCGGGGUCAAGAUACUGAAUAUGACUCAUAUGUAACUUCCUUGACAAACUUCUGUAAAGAAUCAUAUUCUCUCAAGAAUUUAAUAUUGAGUGAGUUACCCCCACAAUUUGCCUUCCCCAUAGACCUGGAUGAAGGAUCAUCCAACAGUAGCGGUUCUAAUGGUGGACUUUUUUCAAGUUGGAAACGUGAAAAGCCUAAAAGAACCCUUUCCACUCUAGUCUUAAAGGCACAAAGUGGGUGGUCAAUGCCGUUCAAAUAUAGUCAUAUAUCCACUAUUAUAAGUGUUUAUGACCAAAUCAAUGAACUCAUACUUCAGAACUUUAUUGUUGAUGAGGGUAGACUUCUGUCCUACCAAACCACGCAAAACAUCGAAAUUGAGACUUUAACCCUAAAAUCUUGUGCAUACACAAACAGGCCAACAAAGCGUGUUCCUUCAUUCAUUUUCAAGAAUGUCAACCAUUUAAAACUCUUAAACGUCUCCUCUGUAAAAGAUUUGUCAGUAAUCGAUUUUGUCAAGUCUAAUAACAAUUUGAACAAACUUACCAUUGAUUUUAACUCCUCAGUAUUUUAUGAAUCAACCCCUAAUUUUGAAAGGGCCUUUAAUUUUACUCGCUUCAAUUCCUUUUUCAAACUACUUUGUUCAGGUAGUGGGUCAUAUUCCAAUUUAAAUGAAAUUGAACUAGUAAAUUUCUCCUUAUGGGAUGAACAUGGUCAUCGUCACAAUAUAGAUGAGGUGUCGAAAGAUAGUGACCAAGAUGAUUGGGUUGCUCCUCUGACUGAUACCUUUGAAACUUUAUUAUCGUAUUUGUCCAAUAUUCCAAGCUUAAGGAUCAUGCUAAAGGAUAGAACUAUGGAGACAUCAUGUAUUAAAUGUGGAGCCAUCCAAUCUCCGGGUAUUUUAGAAACCUUGGGCUAUUGCUCAUGGGAAAGGUUACUUCUGCCAGUGAUCAAGGCGAAUGAAAAGUGCAAAAUUAGACUAUUAUCCUUCUCAGGAAAUGUUCUAUUUGUAAGAGAUACUACAGCUCCAAUAAAGUAAGGUAAUAUUUUUAUUCUAUCAGCAGCUUCUAUCACCAAAUAUGUGUGAAGAUCAAAAGGAGAAUUUUGAGACUCAUUGCAAUUCUACUACUAGCUAGAGGUUAGUAUAUCUGGAA